GCUGGAGGGCGCUCUCGGGCCCGCUGCCCCCCGGCACCACCAGCCUGGAUUUGAGUCAUAAUCGAUUAUCUAACUGGAGCAUCAGCUUGGAUUCAAAGAUGUUACAGGAAGUGAAAAUGAAUUAUAAUGAGUUAAUGGAAAUUCCAUAUUUUGGAGAACUAACUUCUAACAUCACUCUCCUUUCAUUAGUGCACAAUGUAAUUCCGGAAGUGAGUACAGAACAGCUCCAAUUUUACCUUUCCCUGGAGACUCUGGAUCUCAGCUCAAACAUCAUCUCAGAAAUCAAGGCAUCCUCAUUUCCUAGAAUGCAACUGAAAUAUCUGAAUCUGAGUAAUAACAGGAUAGCCACCUUGGAAGCUGGCUGCUUUGAUAAUUUGUCCAGUUCUUUGGUAGUGGUCAAGUUAAACAGAAACAGAAUUAGCAUGAUUCCACCUAAGAUCUUUAAGCUGCCUCAUCUUCAGUUUCUAGAACUUAAAAGAAACAGGAUUAAAACUGUGGAAAGUCUUACAUUCCAAGGGCUUGAUUCCUUAAAAUCUUUGAAAAUGCAGCGGAAUGGAAUUAGCAGACUUAUGGAUGGAGCUUUCUUUGGCUUGGUUAACAUGGAAGAAUUAGAACUGGAGCACAAUAACUUAAUAGAAGUGAACAAGGGCUGGCUCUAUGGCUUGAGGACAUUACAGCAGCUCUAUGUCAGCCAGAAUGCUAUUGACCGAAUCAGCCCUGAUGCCUGGGAGUUCUGCCAGCAGCUAUCUGAACUUGACUUGUCCUAUAAUCAGUUAACUCGUCUGGAUGAAUCUGCCUUUGUGGGUCUGAGCUUAUUGGAGAAGUUGAAUUUAGGGGACAACAGGGUGACUCACAUUGCUGAUGGGGUUUUUAAAGACCUUUCCAAUCUUCAGACAUUAGAUUUACGGAACAAUGAGAUUUCCUGGGCCAUCGAAGACGCAAGUGAAGCAUUUGUCGGACUCACCAAACUCACUAAAUUAAUCUUACAAGGAAACCAUAUUAAGUCGGUCACAAAGAAGGCAUUCAUCGGUCUUGAAGCCCUUGAGCAUCUAGACUUAAACAAUAAUGCUAUAAUGUCUAUCCAAGAAAAUGCUUUUGCUCAGACACACCUGAAAGAACUGAUGUUGAACACCAGCAGUUUGCUCUGUGACUGCCAGCUGAGGUGGCUGCUGCAGUGGCUACUGGACAGUCACUUAGAACAUGCUGUGAAUGUGAGUUGUGCGCACCCUGAAUGGCUCGCUGGACAGAGCAUCCUCAACGUGGAUCCCAAAGACUUUGUCUGCGAUGAUUUUCCUAAGCCCCAGAUAAGGACACACCCAGAGACCACAAAUGCUUUGAAAGGAGUCAAUGUGACCCUUACAUGCACUGCAGUGAGCAGCAGUGACUCACCAAUGUCAACUGCAUGGAGAAAAGACAGUGAGAUCUUGUAUGACGCAGAUAUCGAGAAUUUUGCUCGAUAUCGGCAGCAAGGUGGAGAGGCCUUGGAAUACACUACUGUUUUACAUCUUUUCAAUGUGAAUUUCACAGAUGAAGGAAAAUAUCAGUGCAUUGUUACUAAUCACUUUGGUUCUAAUUAUUCUCUUAAAGCUCAAUUAACUGUGAAUGAGCUACCAUCGUUUCUGAAAACCCCAAUGGACCUAACUAUCCGUACUGGAGCCAUGGCCAGGCUGGAAUGUGCUGCAGAGGGUCAUCCUGCCCCUCAGAUUUCCUGGCAGAAAGAUGGUGGCACAGACUUCCCCGCAGCACGAGAAAGACGUAUGCAUGUCAUGCCUGAGGAUGAUGUCUUCUUCAUUGCCAAUGUGAAGAUAGAAGACAUGGGGAUAUAUAGCUGCAUGGCGCAAAAUACUGCAGGCGGUCUCUCAGCGAACGCCACCUUAACAGUGUUAGAAACACCUUCUUUUAUUAGACCUCUGGAGGACAGAACUGUAACUCGAGGUGAGACAGCUGUCUUGCAGUGCAUCGCUGGAGGAAGUCCAGCCCCUCGCCUCAACUGGACAAAAGAUGAUGGUCCUCUGAUGGUGACCGAAAGGCACUUCUUUGCAGCAGCCAAUCAGCUUCUUAUCAUUGUAGAUGCUGGGCUAGAAGAUGCUGGGAAAUAUACCUGUAUCAUGUCCAACACCUUGGGGACAGAACGUGGUCACAUUUACUUAAAUGUAAUCUCUUCCUCUAAUUGUGAUUCCUCCCAAAGUAGCAUUGGGCAUGAAGAUGAUGGCUGGACCACCGUUGGGAUUGUUAUCAUCGUGGUGGUAUGCUGCGUCGUAGGCACCUCUCUGAUUUGGGUCAUUGUUAUUUACCAUAUGAGAAGGAAGAAUGAAGACUACAGUAUUACCAACACAGAAGAGCUGAAUCUGCCUGCUGACAUCCCUAGCUACCUGUCUUCUCAGGGAACGCUGUCUGAACCACAGGAAGGUUAUAGCAACUCUGAGGCUGGGAGUCACCAGCAGCUUAUGCCGCCUGCAAGCGGAUACAUACAUAAAGGCCCAGAAGGUGGCAGUGGCAGCCGGGUGAUCUGCUCAGAUUGUUACGACAAUGCCAACAUCUACUCUAGGACCAGGGAAUAUUGUCCAUACACCUAUAUCACCGAGGAGGACGGUCUGGAUCAAACGCUAUCUAGCCUCAUGGUCCAGAUGCCCCAGGAGACUUGUUUGGCACAUCCUUCCCCAGAAGCUGCCAUUGUGGACACCUUGAUGUCUUCGGGAGACAGAGACAUGUCGGGCUUCCUUACCAGCCAUGACCGGAUCAAUGAGAAGGCACUUGCAUCCACACAAUUGAGCAGUGAAACAUCACAGCGGCCAUUAUGGGGCAUAAACAAAGAACUUGGACUCCCACAAUCUCACUUUUCCCAGCAGCCAGUCCUUGAGUCACCACGACUUCUCCAAAGUGAGAACCUGACAGAAGGUGAUGAGGACCAUUCUGCUUCCCCCAGACCCUGUCACAGGCUGCAAGGCCACCCCUUUGACUUCAGCAGGACUCAGAAUGUACAAGAUGGCAGUGAAGCUACAUGAAGCACGCUGCACUCAGACUGGCGUGUGGACGCACACUUCAAUCCCCAGCUGUGUAUGUACUACCUCAGAGCUCAGAGGGAACCCCAAGGUUCACCUUUGCUUUCCUGUCAUGUUUACAAGUACAACUGCGUGGGCCGAGUGAGCUGGUCACUGAGGAGGACGGAAGAGUCCAGCUCUCUCCUCUCUUGAGUCGCAUCAGAUCGAGAGACGGCCCAAGGACCUGACUAGUACAACAACUGUUUCUCUUGGGCCCAGGGGGACAAUGUCCAGGUUUGCAGUAGAAAGAGGUUGGGAGAAUGAGAUUGCUGCUUGCUAUCCGGAGAGAGCUUGGCUAACUUACUUGGUCUUCUGAGAAGACUUCUAAAAGUGCGCGUCAAGUUUUUGUGUAACCGUAAGCCUACCUUUGAGCUGGUGCUUCUUUUUCAUGGCAACAAACAAGAAUCCCAUCCUUGUUUUGGCAGAUUGGUACCAAGUUUAGGGCUUUGCGUUUUAAGUUUCUGUCCCUGUCAGACCAGGACAGCAGUUGUAAAUACAUUUUCACUUACAAAUAUUUUUUGUAUUCACUACAUGUAAAAUGUCAGCUUAAUGUAAAUAUUUUUUUAAUAUGCCAAAAUUAUGUAAUAUUGUGUGUUAUUUUGACAGCUGCUUAACAGACCAGAAAUGGAUUUUGUAGAACUUGGAAAGUUUAAAAAAUUUGCAUUGAAAACUUCUUACUGAUUAAGAAGUCUUUGUGUAUAAGCAGGGUACCUCAUGAUAAAUUUACACAGAGAUGGCCAUCCUGGGGUCACUGGCACUUUCUGGAUUCUUUUCAUUGGCAGAAAUUCACACUUUUUUGUUCUCUUCUAUAGACAGAUUGUUUGUCCUCAGUUCUUCUCUUUCAUUUUGUAAACCUCAGGUGGUCCUGUGCUUUUGAUCCAGAAGGACUUGUCCAUGUACAUGUGGGGUUUAGGAAACAACCAGUUUGACCAAAGACAUUCCUUUCAAAAUAGAUGCAGAAGGAUUUUUUAAAAACAAAAAUGUACUACACAUAGAUAUACAGUAGAACACAGAGAAUGUAGAGAAGCUGUAAGUGGAGAAGCUACUGGUCUGUGAGAUCUUUGACUCGGUGUUUCUGUAAAUGAUACUUACGGCAGAUCAACUUUACCCAGCAAUGAUAUUUCUAGUUACUAAAGCUUUUGUUUGUAAGUUAAUGACUUUAAGUGGGCAAAGAAAAGUAAUGUUGCAUAUUUCUGUUUUCCUUAUAGCUUCUAAGUCUCUUCUUAUGGUCAAAUUCAGUACCUUAACCCAGUUAUGGUUUGGUCCAUUUAAAGGGAGGUCAGUCACCAUCUUACUAAAAUUUUCUCGUUUAAUGUGCUUCUCAAGAAGAUCUAGAUUCUCCCAAAGAUUCCCAUGUUGUCCACCAGUAAUUUCAGCUAAGUUUUAUUGAUUUAUUUUAAUUCUUUUGUUUCCCUUACCCCACUAGCACUUUUUUGAUUGGCUAAUACUGCCGUUCCCUUGUUAUUUCCUUUCUUCCGUAACAUAGACUACCAAGUGGACCCUUUCACUUAGAAUCAAUCACCUCUCAAAAAAUCUCUUCAUUUAAAAAAUUUUUGAAAGACAGGUCUACUUCUUAUCCCUCCCCUUCUUGUCCCUCUCUUGUUACAAUAUGAGCCUCUUUGAAAGGCUCUCUUCCUGAUCCAAGAAAGAUCAACACUACAUGAAGAAAAGCAAUUUUCACAGAACAACUUGCGUGGUGCUCCUUGUUCCAACAUCCCUGACUGCUUCCUCUUGGCAGGAAUGAUAGCAUGGUAACAAGCCUGAAAGAGUGUCCCUCGUUAGUCAAAGUGAUUGCACGUGGCAUAACCCCUGCUUAUUUCUAGACUGUAACUUAUCCUCUCGCCACUGUCCCAAGAAUUACCUCCACUUUUCCAAUCAGUGGUUCGUUCCUACCCUUCUAACUGGUCAGCCUAAAACGUUUGCACUCUUUUCCCAGGAUCCUUAGGUCCCUUCAGUAACUUUUUUUUUUUUCAGGUGAAGAGUUUUAUAU